GAAGCCAAGAGAGAAGACGGACAGCAGCCAACACACUUUUCAAUCCCUCUGUCAGACGCUCAGAUAAAGGAGCACAGAAGCUCAAACGAUGACAAGCGUCCACACUUUGUCCGGACUCCUGCUUCUCAUCAUCAUCCAAACCAGCUGGCAGGUGCCUGACCAGGACACAGAUCGAAACUCCAUGAUAUUGACUGAAAACUCCAUGAUGACCGAACCAAUUGAGCUCCCAAAGAGACAUUCAGAGGGAACAUUUUCAAACGACUACAGUAAAUACCUGGAGACAAGACGAGCACAAGACUUUGUCCAGUGGCUAAAGAACUCAAAAAGGAACGGGAGUCUAUUUAGACGUCAUGCAGACGGCACCUACACCAGCGACGUGAGCUCCUACCUGCAAGACAAGGCAGCAAAGGAGUUUGUGUCCUGGCUGAAGACCGGCCGGGGCAGGAGAGAGUAGACUCCACCACAUCAUAAUGCAACGAUUCCCAUUGACUCUGUGCCAUUAUAUGUUUCACUGUCUGUACGAGCCUUUUCCCUUUGUCAUGCUAUUAAAUUCCCAUC